UAGCACAGAGGAGGCGACACUCAUACAAUUCUCUAUAAAUUCCUUUCGUACAUGAUGGCAAGACACUCAACCGGGUUAUUCUUAUUUUGUGCUGCAGCGGCAUUCACCUAUGUUUCCUCAUCUGCCGAAGUCUGCAGCCACUCCCUCAUACCUGGAGCUAAAGGAGACCAAGGUGAGAUUGGAAACGAAGGGGAUGAGGGCAGAAUCGGGAAGAAUGGACCACCAGGACAUCCAGGGGCAUCGGGAGAGGCGGGGCUGAAGGGCGACAAUGGUCACAUGGGAAAGACGGGACCCAGUGGAGACCAAGGGGACAAAGGGGCUACAGGCUUGGAUGGACCCUCUGGAUUGAAGGGAAAAGCAGGCACUACAUGUGACUGUGGAAAAUAUAGGAGGGUGGUGGGACAGAUGGACGUCAAUGUGGGCAAGCUGAGGAACGGCGUCAGGUUUGUCAAGAAUAUCAUGUUGGGCCUCACAGAAAGUGAUGAGCGCUACUACCUGCUGGUGAAGGAGGCCAAAAGUUUCAAGGAGGCCUCAAUGAACUGCAAGCUGAGAGGCGGCACCUUGGCCGUGCCGAACACCGUCGACAGCAACCGCCUCAUGGCGGAUUAUGUCAGUCAGUCUGGACUCACCAGGGUUUACGUCGGGCUCCUGCCGAACAACACGGACACGCUCUCACACAAUAGAAGAAACAGUUCCCGGGAUGCAGAUUCCAGCCCACUUCCCGACUUUGUUGCAUGGAGUCAAGACGAGGAGCUCACCUCACCCAGCCACAACGCGAGUUGUGUGGAGCUGCUCAGCACAGGGACAUGGAAUCAUGUGGAGUGUGACACUGCCAUGUUUUUCAUCUGUGAGUUUCCAAAAGGCAGGGUAACAGGAUGA